CAGUCUGACAAUCGGACACAAGCCAUUUUUUUUUUUUCAUUUCAGAGGCUAGCAGUCGCUGGAGGAAGCGCGCUGCUGCGCUGUGUCAGAGUGCUGCUCCGGGGAAGGGCGCGCUACUGAGACCGCAUUGCUGUCGUUGCAAGAGUGAACUCCAUCUCCAAGAGUGCAGACGCCAUUGUUGAAAGCUCGCUGCUGACGUCAAGCAUGUUGGAUAAAGCGUGUGACUCUGCUAUGCAAGCAUAGGACUACAAGAAAAAGCUUGUCAGCAGCGUCUGGCGGAAGUGUUUGAUGCGCUCGCUCUGGUUUGAAACGUUAGUGGUGGUGUAGCAAUGAACGGAGCCUGGUUAAAGUAUUGGAGCUCCGUGUCCCGGUGUGUCUUGAGGAGUGUGCAAGUGGCUUUAUCCCAGUGUGUCUUGUGGAGUCUGCGGGUGGCUGUAGCCUUGGUGACGGUGCGUGUGGUUUGUCGUAUGGGAGUCGUUGUGAGGGUGCGUGUCGAGCUGGGAUCUCGAUCGCGCUGGAUAUCUAUGCAAUUGGGCCAACCACAAUGGCAGGUAAACCACAGUUUGCAAUUGUUAGCAACCGGCACGUAGCUGACGCUGAGCUCCUGCAGAGGUUCGAUGUCGUCCAGAGUGAAGAUGCCGAUGCGAGUCGCAGUAUCCGGCCGGUACUCGAAGAACGCACAGUUGGGGUUGCAGGCGUGGUCCACGAACCGGCUCAAGUUUCCGCAUCUGGCUGCGUCGAUAAAGAUGGUCCUGCCAUCGGUGGCGGGGUGGCGGAUUUGAAUGGUGUGAUCUGGGUUGUGGCGUCACUCUUUCUCCCUGGUAUCGAUCAGAUCGCCAACAUAUUCAACGACAAAGGCGCCCCUGUGUAUGCGACGCGUUGCAACGACACCAACUCCACAGGCGGAUCGAAAGAGCUCCAGUGGAUAUGUCUCGAUGAAGCGAUUGCCACACCCGAUGCCAUUGGGGCAGCUCCUGUCGUCACACAUUGUGUUGGUGCUGACGUUGUCGCAGCUCGAUCCACCGUCGCCCACGCAGAUCUGCGAGCACACACAGGGCUGGAAUCGGGUGUACGCGAACCAAGGGUGCCGUUCCGGACCACCGGUAUAAACGAUGGAGCUAAUUGGGGCUACGGCGAAUGGCCAUUUCUCCAGUACGAUGACGUCUUGCGCGGCACCGAUCCCCGACCACGGAGGCUCCAUACCGUUGAUCUCUGGGCUGUCAGCAAAAUGUACUACAAUGUGAAUGGAUUUUGAUCUAGUUAGUGGCGGCCCACCGCAAGCGAGGACAGCAUGGAGGAUACUCAAGACUUCCGCAGAGUUGAUGUGGUCGCUUUAAGGUGGGUGGGCGGGCGUCCGUGGAAAAUCUUUCACCCUUGA